AACCUCGACACACACCCGCCAUCUUUCUUCCCAGCGAGUUAGUAGGACAACACAACAACCACUUUUUCUCUAAUGACUAAUUCUACUUAAAAACAACCAUUAAAGCUGCUGUUUCCACUCCGUCGCCACCAACAACAAGUCAGUAGAGGAGCGGACGGGGCUGGAUUUUACAUAUCGAUCCUGUAUCAGCUAUAAAAAAAGAGUUGAAAGUUAAAAGGCUAGUAUGGGCCGAUCUCGCAGCCGCAGCUCAUCUCGCUCCAAACACUCCAAAAGCAGCAAACACAGCAAGAAGAGGAGCCGCUCUCGCUCCCGCUCCAGAGACAGAGAAAGGUCCAAGAAGCGCUCAAAGUCCAGGGAGGCCAAGAGGAACCACCGGCGAUGCAGGGAGUCCCGGUCCCGCUCCAGGUCGUGCACCGCCACCGGUUGUAGUAGCACCGGCUGCACCACCGGCGGCGGCUGCGGCGGCGGCGGCGGUACCACCAUCAUGGCGGCGGCCUCGUCCCGCAGAGAAAGAGCCGCCUCGCCGCCGGAGAGGAUCGACAUCUUCGGCCGCACGCUGAGCAAGAGGAACGCGCUGGACGAGAAGCAGAGGAAAGAGGAUGAGGAGAGGAAGAUGGAGAUGGAGAGGCAGAGGAAGAUACGCCAGCAGGAGAUCGAGGAGAAGCUGAUCGAGGAGGAGACGGCGCGGCGGGUGGAGGAGCUGGUGGCCAAGCGCGUGGAGGAGGAGCUGGAGAAGCGGAAAGACGAAAUCGAGCGGGAGGUGCUUCGGCGCGUCGAGGAGGCCAAACGCAUCAUGGAGCGGCAGCUGCUGGAGGAGCUGGAGAGGCAGCGGCAGGCCGAGCUGGCGGCGCAGAAAGCCAGAGAGGAGGAAGAAAAAUCUAAGCGGGAGGAGCUGGAAAAAAUCCUGGAGGAGAAUAACCGCAAGAUCGCCGACGCUCAGGCCAAACUG